UGUUCCCAUUGGUGUACAGUCUCUCGAAAAAAUUACCAAUACAUUUCAUUCAAAAUGAACGCAUUCGUUGCACUAUUCUUUGUCCUGAUCGCUGUGGCUUACGCAGCACCCCAGGGAUCAUCGUCCAACGUUACACCAGUGCCGAUCAUCAGCGAAAACUCUAACAUUCAACCCGACGGAAGUUUUCAGUACGCAUUCGAAGCCGGAAAUGGAAUCAAAGAAGAGGCUCAAGGAUCACUAAAGAAUGUACAGGUGCCGAAACCUGACGGAAGUGGAACGGAACAGGUUCAAGCGCUCGUACAAACCGGUAGCUUCUCCUACCCGUCUCCGGAUGGAACUCAGAUCGAACUGAAGUAUACGGCUGAUGAGAAUGGAUUCCAUCCAGAGGGAACCCAUUUACCGGUGGCACCAGCUGCUAGUUUUUAAUUGUAGAGUUCGCGACAGUGUAAAUAUGCCGAUUUGAAAUACUCAGAAUGUUUAUUUUCGAUAAGUAGAGUGAACUAUAAGCUUCAAAUUAGUGUUAGAUGUGUAGCUAGGAAUCGAACUAUG